GUCACGUUAAAAGGAUGAAACAUGAACAUGAAUGGCUUUUUCUUUAAACUUCUGAGUGUUGGAUCUAAAACGUGUUUUUAAGGUGUGCUUAGUUUGGAAGGAAGGAAAAGAAAAUGACCCACAUUUUUCCUUCCUUAGAAAGAAAGACCCACAUAUUAUUGAAAAAUUACAAUGAUUAGCACUAAGUUUUUUCUUUUUCCUUUUUGUUUCUUAGAGUAAGACCCUUUUAAUUUGGAAAAUUACAAUAAGCACGAAAAAAAAAAAAUCAUAUCUUUGCCAAGAACAGAAUCAAAACAGAAGCUGCAACGGGCAACAGCAACACAAUCUCCAAAGGCAGCCAAGAACAGAAUCAAAACACAACCAGCAACAGGCAACAGCAACACAAGCUCCAAAAGUAGCCUGAUUUUCAAAUAAUUCUUUACCGUCUCUGCCGAGUGAGAAGAAAGGACAUGGCAGGAAUGAAUGGAGGAGGGUCCGACAGAGAGGCACGGAAAGCUCAUGCCUCCAUGGCGUUGGUGCAACUCAUCUAUGGAGGCUAUCAUGUAAUUACCAAAGUAGCCCUCGAUGUUGGUGUCAACCAGCUUGUUUUCUGCGUCUUCCGUGAUCUUCUUGCUCUCACUCUUCUAGCCCCUUUCGCCUAUGUUCGUGAAAAAAGGAUUCGACCUCCUAUGACUAAACGCCUCCUCUUGUCAUUCUUCUUUCUUGGAUUAACUGGGAUAUUUGGCAACCAGCUUUUAUUUCUCAUUGGUCUAAGCUACACAAAUCCAACUUAUGCUGCUGCCAUACAGCCUUCAAUUCCAGUCUUUACCUUUCUCUUGGCUGUAAUGAUGGGUACAGAAAGAGUGAAUUUGGUCAAAACUGAAGGUCAAGCAAAGGUUGGAGGUACCCUAAUCUGUGUUUCUGGUGCAAUAUUAAUGGUUCUGUUUCGUGGUCCAGCUUUGCUUGGACAGAAGGAUGCAGACUUUGCUGCACAAAAUGACAUAAGUGCCAGGGGUCAACCAGAACCUGCUGGAUGGUUUAUGUAUAGUUUUCUUGAGUUUGGACUUGAACAUUGGCAUAUAGGAGUUUUAUGCUUGAUAGGGAACUGUAUGUGCAUGGCUGCUUUCCUAGCCAUUCAGGCUCCAGUUUUAGCCAAGUAUCCUGCUAAUGUUUCUGUCACAGCAUUUUCCUAUUUUUUUGGUGCUGCAUUGAUGGUAUCAACGGCAUUUCUUAUGACGAAUGAGUCAACAGACUGGAGUCUGACGCAGUCUGAGCUUUUGGCAGUUUUGUAUGCUGGAGUUUUUGCAUCUGCUAUUAACUAUGGACUCCUGACAUGGUCAAAUAAGAUCUUGGGGCCUGCUUUAGUUGCUCUCUAUAAUCCACUUCAACCUGCAGCAUCAGCGUUGCUGUCAAGAAUUUUCCUUGGAAGUCCAAUUUAUUUGGGAAGUGUUAUUGGGGGAUUUCUAAUAAUCGCUGGUCUAUAUAUGGUCACAUGGGCAUCCUACAGAGAACGGCACACAGCUACCGGGAUGAUGCCUCAGAUUGUCCGGUCCUCUGAACCACUCAUUCACAAAGAUACAUCAAUUAACAAGAAGCCGUACCAGAGAGGACACCUCUUCUCGGGGCCAUCUGCUGUGUCACCAAAAUCCAGUGAUUAACUGUGUAAUUAGAUGUGAUGUAAAGUUCCCACAGGGACAUUUACUAAAGACCAUGUCGUGAACUUUGGUGGGUAGCAAAAGAAGAAUGUUUUGCAAAUUUGUUACAUUCUCUUAUAAAAAGUAUCAUAUUUAAUUUUGUUAUCACCACCAUUCUUAUUCGCAAAAUUUAAUUAAUUAUUCAUUCAAAGGCAUAAAACCCAAGUACCAAACUGGCUAAUGAUAUUUAUAUUAUUAUAGAAUUUAGACCAAAAUGUAAAUUCUAGUUAACUAAAAAGGCACCACUUUUUUUAUUUUUUUUAAUCCAUCAAUUUUAAUCAUCUUCUCCUUCUCCGGUAAUUUGUUUAAUAUAUUUCUGUCU